AAAAAUUUAUAUACAUGCGUCUCGCGUCUCCUUUCAAGUUAAAAAUGCAAUUGCUCUGAAUUUUUUUUCAAUUCUCUUCUUCGAUUGUUGUCUGCUUCGUUUGCCUCUCUGUUCUCUUCUUCUUCCUUUUUUGAGAUUUCAUUAUUCAUGAGUUGUUGCAUCUGCUUGUUGGAUUCACCCUAAUCUUUGGUGUGAUUCGUUGGUAUGGCCCAAGAAAGACUCAUAUAUACAACGGCUCUCUCUGUUUUCACUUAAAAAGCAACGAAGAAGACGAGAGAGAUCACACACACAAGCAUCACAUCUUAAUUUGUUUGCCUGCGAUGAUAAGAUCUAUCAUCCACCGUAGAAACAGAGACAUAGAGAGAGACGAUUCGAAGGACAUGUUGCCGGGAUUUUAGGCUUCGUGAGUCAUGAUGUUGGAGGUUCUAUCCGGCGAUGGGGGUGUCGAUAGAUUGAGGAGGUGGAGCGAUCAGAGGAUUUUAGGCUUCGGGAGUCAUGAUGGUGGAGCGAUCAUCGGAGAUUGGCGAUGGAGAUUGAGGAGGCGGAGCGUAUUUUCCGUUAACGGGUAUAGAUGGCAUGUGCUCUCAGAGGCCCAAUAGAAACAAUUUCAGCCCAUCAAACAAUGACUAGCCCAUUGCCAGGAAAUUACUGGCCAUAUGGGUGGAAUUUCGACUCAAAAAUACCGACCGGAAGAUUUGGAAACGGAAGAGUUUUCUCCGAUGUAGUUGCUGAAGGUUUGGGGAUCAAAAGAAUUGUACCAGCUUAUCGUAAGUUAUACAUUGCUCCAAGCGACCUUAAAACGGGUGUUUCUUUUGCAUCAGGUGGUGCAGGAGUCGACCCUGUUACAUCCAAAUUGCUGAGAGUUUUAUCGCCAGCUGACCAAGUAAAAGAUUUCAAAGGCUACAAAAGAAAGCUAAAAGGUGUAGUAGGCAGGUCAAAAGCAAAAAAAAUAGUUGCAAAUUCAGUGAUUCUUGUUUCUGAAGGAAAUAAUGAUAUUGGAAUCACAUAUGCGAUUCAUGAUGCUGGUAUGCGAUUAAUGACUCCGAAAGUAUACACCAGUAAAUUAGUUGGUUGGAACAAAAAAUUUAUAAAAGAUUUAUAUGAUCACGGAGCAAGAAAAUUUGCGGUGAUGGGAGUGAUACCAUUGGGAUGUUUGCCUAUGUCAAGACUUAUUUUUGGUGGGUUCUUCGUGUGGUGUAAUUUCUUGGCAAACACAAUCUCUGAAGAUUACAACAAAAAAUUGAAAAGCGGAAUUAAAAGUUGGAGAGGAGCAUCAGAUUUUAGGGGUGCUAGGUUUGUCUAUGUCGACAUGUACAACUCUCUUAUGGAUGUUAUCAACAAUCAUAGGAAAUACGGAUUUACCCAUGAGAAGAAUGGAUGUUGUUGUAUGCUUACGGCAAUAGUACCAUGCUCCAACCCAGAUAAAUAUGUCUUCUAUGACUUUGCUCAUCCCUCCGAGAAAGCCUACAAAACAAUUGCUAAAAAGCUUGUCGAGGAUAUCAAGACAGGACUUGCCUGAUUUCUUACAAUGCUAUUUUCAUCUUGGAAUUACCAUAAUUAAUUAUAUACGUACUUCUUCUGUUUCAAAAUCUUUGAUGUUCUAGAGAAUUUUUUUUUGUUUUACAUUAUAAUGUUCUCAUUUUUAAUGUAAAAUUUAUUAGUUU